CCAGAUUUAGUAGUGUUCAGCCAUGACCGCUGUGUCGGUGUCCGUAAUAUGUGUAAAUUAUAACAGCCACAACGUCUGCAAGAAGAACGGUAGAAAUUAAUGAAAAUUCAAGGAUUAAGGUUAAUCAGACUGGUAAUCAACUGUAGACACAUUGCUGAGAGUGUAAUAUACCCAUGUGCUAAUUUUUCAAACACAGCGUACAGACUGAGAUAUUCCCCAGUGUUGUUACCAAGAUACCUCUCAACAAUGUCUGGCAGUGAAAGUGGCAAGAAGAGAAAACGUGAGGCUGAUGACAAGAAUAGUUGUAAGGAGAACGGGGAACCAGACGUAAAGAAGCUGUCUGUGGAAGACUUUCAGUUGAAGAUCAUUGAGUCAAGAAAAUCAGUUUGUAAGUCAGUCGCUGAGUUCAAGUUCAACAAAAAACGUGUUCGUGUUCUGUCAAAGGCUCAGGAUUUCCCAGAGGAUAGCAAUGGUGUGUUGUACUGGAUGUCGAGGGACCAAAGAGUUCAAGACAACUGGGCCUUCCUGUAUGCUCAGAAGUUGGCAUUAAAGUUGGAGGUUCCAUUACAUGUUUGUUUCUGCCUUGUACCGAAGUUCCUCGAGGCGACUAUCAGACACUUUACAUUUAUGUUAGAAGGUCUCAAAGAAGUUGAAAAGGAAUGUAAGGAGUUGGGCAUUAGUUUUCAUCUUUUGAUUGGCCAUGCCAAGGAUGUGUUACCUUCAUUUGUGACAGAGCAUUCUAUUGGAGGUCUUGUCACUGACUUCUCUCCUCUACGAGUACCAAGAGGUUGGGUGGAAGAAGUUGUGAAAGUAUUGCCAAAGGACAUUGCCUUUUGUCAGGUUGAUGCUCACAAUCUAGUACCUUGUUGGGAAGCGUCUCCAAAGCUGGAAUAUGGAGCAAGGACAAUACGUAACAAAAUACAUAACCAGCUGUCUGGAUUCCUCACAGAAUAUCCACCUGUAUGUAAACACAAAUACAGACCUAAACUUGAAUCCAUGCCGAUAGACUGGGACUCGGCCUAUGCAAGCCUCGAGGUGAACCAGACUGUUGGGCCUGUGGACUGGGCCAAGCCAGGAACCAGUGCAGGACUACAGAUGCUUGAAUCAUUCUGUAAGGAAAGGCUGAGAUACUUCGGCAGUGAAAGGAAUAAUCCAAACAAGAAUGCACUAAGUAACCUGUCACCGUGGAUACAUUUUGGUCAGAUUUCUGUACAACGGUGUAUCCUGAUGGUGCGACAGUACAGGGGGAGACACAAGGAAGGGGUGGAUGCUUACAUUGAGGAGGCUGUCAUCAGGAGAGAGCUAUCAGACAACUUCUGCUACUACAACAAUAACUAUGAUAGUAUAGAUGGAGCCUAUGACUGGGCAAAGCAGACUCUGAAGGCACAUGAAAAAGAUAAAAGAGAGUAUGUAUAUAGCAGGGAGAAACUUGAACAAGGAAAAACACACGAUCCCCUGUGGAAUGCAGCCCAGAAUGAGAUGGUGAAUGAAGGAAAGAUGCAUGGGUUUAUGAGAAUGUACUGGGCUAAGAAGAUCCUUGAGUGGACCAGCAGUCCUAGUGAGGCACUGGAGAUAGCCAUAUACCUGAAUGAUAAAUACAGCCUGGAUGGCCGUGAUCCUAAUGGAUAUGUUGGUUGUAUGUGGUCUAUCUGUGGUAUACAUGAUCAGGGCUGGAAGGAGAGAGAAGUGUUCGGGAAGAUCAGAUACAUGAACUACAACGGCUGUAAGAGAAAGUUUGAUGUAGGAAAGUACGAGGCUAAACACAGGAGGCAGACCAUUGCUAAAUGAUUAUACGUGUCUUGGAUUUAGUUCAUGUGUAAUUUUGUUAUUGAUGAACAGGUUUUGAGCCAAUACAAGUGCAUUAAAUGGUAGGCAGCAUAAAGUUAGAUGCGAGUCAUGAUGGAGGAAGCUGCUGACUGUAUCAGUAUGAAGAGAAAUAUUACAAACAGUGACAAUGUACAAAAUGUGUGUAGGUAAUUGUGUUCUUGGCUGAGCCAGAUGGGAGAAAUUCGAUUUGACGUAUUAUGAACUAAAUUGAUCUCAGGUACAGAAGCUGAAAUAGAUUUAAAGCAUUGGAUACCUAAUUUUCUACAGACUUUAGUUAAUUUUAAGGUAUCCAAACCUUAGUAAAUGCUAAAUUUGCAAUCCAUAUUUAUGAAAGAAACUUGUGAAAAUGAAAAAAAAACUGCAUAUUGAAAAAAAAAAAACUGCAUAUUGGAAAACAAAAUCUUCUUCAGGUAGCAAUACUGCUAGAAACAGAGUUAGAAUUAGGGUUUUGAUGUUACAGCUCUGUAGUGUUUAAGAUAGGACUGCAUUAGGGCAUAGACUUUUAUAUUUGAAUUAGGACAGUGUUUAGGAUAGAGGGUAGCGUAGUAUUUGUAUUAUUAUAUCAUUAAGGGUUAACAUUUUGAUAAAUGUCGAUUAUUUUUGAUAGAUACUGUAUUUUGUUACCUUGUGGAUGCACUUUUUCCUCUACUGAUGCUAUACUGUAAUCAUAUUAUCAAUACUCAGGGAACCUCACU